AUGAUGUGGCGCAAGCGCAAAGCCGCUUCACCCGCAUCUUCAGACCCUGCAGAUAACACCAGAAAAAAAAGGUGGAAAGAAGUCUAUGUCAUUGCCUCAAGUGACGACGAGAACGACGAAAACGACGACAGCAGAUCUAGCUUAGACGAAGACGAAUGGUACAUUAACUGCAUCCUUGACGAAACCGAAUCUCAAUACCUUAUUGACUGGGAGGGCCCCUGGUCGCCGACGUGGGUGAGUUGGGCAAAGCGAAGUUCCAGUCUUGUCGGUAACAUCACUGUUCGUCACGUAAGUUCCGUUCCAGAGACGGUUCCUUCACAUCAGUCGCAGAACGCCAGUCAAUCACCUGAACAAAGUCUAAACCACCAGCCAAUACCCUCGAAACGGAAGGCCUCGGCAUCCGUGGCUGUCGAAGCCGUGGCAAUGGAUGCCGGCAAGGGAGACAGAGUGACUCCGUCUCUGGCGGAGACCAUGGAGAAGUAUAGCCAAUACGAGGGUUCGACGCCAUUGGAAAAGAUUCGAAAUGCACAUGCUCAAAUACGUGCGAAAACCAAUCCCGGAACUCCUUUAAACGCUGAUGCUAGCGUCACUCCGUCCUCGGCUGGAGAUAUUGAACCAUCGCCCUCGCUGUUCAUACCCGAAGUUACGGCACCUCUUAGCGUUAGGGUCGACAGAGACGAUGCUCCACACGCAGCUCACGCGGAGGGAGAACUAAGUGCUCCCGGCCCGCUGGUACGACCCACGGAAAUGGGUCCUCCUCAACAACCUAUUUUGCAGACAAUCCAACCCAGCGCUUUGACGGUCAGCCAUCAAGAGCAAGCGAUUCCAGGCUCUGUCCAGCUUGGGCCAUCAGAAUUUGCCGUGCCUCUCCCGAUGGAUUCAAGGGUCAAAGAUGAUUAUGAACGGAUAUUGAAAGACGAAGCUCAAAGCAUCGACGAGUUCCUUAAGACGUUCGCGCUCCAGACCGAAACGUCUAGGAUAGAGCAAGAGCGUUUGAUUCCCAGAAUGAAUAGCUUACUUGAGCGUUUGAGCAAUGCUUCAACCCAUCCUGAUCUGAACAUUACCGAGCAUAUCAAAGACUCCGAUUCAGACCUAGCGAAAGAGGCUGCGUGGGCUGAAUACUCAAGCGCGAAGUUCUUACUCCUGGGAUACCUGAUCAACUAUGCUAGUAGCCGUGAUCUGCACUUGGUCAUCAUGGUGCACGGAGCGAAGACUCUGAAGAUACUUGAGCGCUUCCUUAUGGGGAAGGGCCUUUCGUACACCAGGCCUCGCCACGAGAUGGGACUCGGGACGAAUUUGGAAGUCUCCAUGGUGAAAGAAUCCCUUAGUUUUGGGAUCCAGUCAACAAUCGACGAUGGUAUUAUGGAGACUUAUAAACCCCCGGCUGCAAUCGUCGCUCUUGACAGUUCUUUCAACGCAACAAGUCCCUCGGUCGAACACAUGCGAACAACCUAUGCUCGACAUGGGAACCUCCUCCCCGUGAUUCGACUGCUUGUCUCAAACUCCAGCGAGCAUGUUCAGUUAUGUUUCGCCAACUACCCAGAACCUCAGCGUCUACGCUUGGUGGUUCAAUAUACCUCACGUCUGAGAGACGUGGUAGGCGAUCUCCAGGAUGAUGCCCUGGGCGUUUACGAAGACUCCGAGGAAAUCAUAUCGAGUCUUCUUUCGGACAAUUUCAAUGCUCACUGGUCCUUACCUUCUAUCGAGCCACUCCACAUCAUAAGCUCUGAUGAGCUCACCUUCGCGCUAAGUCCUUACCAGAACCAACCCGAAACCGCGCUUUUGCCUACCCCGCAGGUUCCAAAACGUUUAUUCGUCGAAGAUACUACUGAACAGACACCUAAAAGGCCGAGGAUGGAAGAGUCUCAAGAAGCCAGUCAAUUUACGGAAGCUUCGAAGGAAUCCAUAAAGUUUCCCAGCCAAACAUUGGAUAAUGAUCUGCGAGCUUUGGAGGCACAUCUGCUGCAGCUGAAAACAUCUCAUGCGGCUGAGCUUGACAAACUCCAAAAAGCCUUGGCCGAUGCACAAUCUCGUCUACAAGAACGAGAAGGGAUUCUCUCAUUACUCCAACAUCGCUAUGAGAGUCGCACGAAGGAAUUACACAAAGUGCGGCAAGAGCGUGAUCGCUUGGCGGAAACCAAAGUUUCGUCUGAGCAGAGACUCGAGAAGCAAAAGGAAGAUAUUAUAAAACUAAAGGAUGAGCGCACUCAGUUACGACAUGAGCUCGAAAAGGCACGGGAAACUCUAAAGGCCGGAGGAGGAAGCAUGGCAGAAUUGGAAAGAGCACAGGAGGAGAUCCGUCGGCUGACCAAAGCCAAUGCUUCCCUGGAGCGAAAAGCAGAAUACGAGGCAAAACAGGCAGAGUACACACGCGAACAGUACCAGACCGCAUCCAACGUGGCUGCACAGUCUGGGAACGAGGUCCUGCAGCUCAAAGAGGAGAAUGAGUCGUUGAAGCGCAAGGUUGCGGGCGAUGCCAGCCGUCUCAGAGAACUCAACAUUCAAAGUGAUGAACAGCGACAUCUUGCGCGCGUCAAAGAGUUGGAAGCUAUGCUCGCAUCUCGCGAAGAUCUGUUGCGUAAAAAGGAGGAUGAGCUGCGAGAAUUUCGAAAGAACCGACCUUCGACCAGGUCAACAAGCACGCAGCCACGAAGCCCGAAGUGGACAGCGGCAAAUAGCCGUCCAACCAGCCCAGGGAUCAAUAAUCACAACGGUUCCGGGUACUCAGGACGAGGCAGUGGAUUGCGAUUUAGCUCUGAGGUGCCUCUGUAA